AUGCUGAAAUCCGUGGUGACACACCUUUGGACCCACGGGGUGCGACAUAUCAUCUACCUGGAUGAUAUCCUUAUUUUCGACGGGGACAGAAGGACGCUACAGGAUCACAAAGUCUACACGGUCCAACUUCUGGAAUCGUUGGGCUUCGUGUUCAAUCGUGCCAAGUCGGCACUGGAACACUCUCAAACAGUUCCGUUCCUAGGAUUCGAUCCUGUAACGACUUCCAGCCGUGAAGAUAACACAUUCAAGCUGUCAAUAGGAAAGCAUUAA